UUGUCUGGAAUUUGCAUUCGAAUUCUAGAGCAUUUUUCUGUACUUAGAAACCACCGUCCAGUGGGGGAGACUAAAAUAAAAACAAACAGUGAGCGUUAUAAAUGUGGUUCAGUUUCAAGUCCUAGAGAAGAAAGCAGGUGAAGUCGGCUGACUACAUUUCCCAGCAGGCACGUCUGGAGGACCGUGGUGAGAAAGUGGGAGAAGAGACGAAGAAGGAAGGUGAUUGAACAGGAGGUAGCCUAAGGCGGGGCAGGGGCGGGGCUCCCUGGCCCUUGAAAAAGAGGGUGUAGCGAUCGCUUGGAGAGAAUUGCGAGUUGUUCUGUGAACCUGUAGUUUCUGCUCUUUACUUGUCCCUUCCUCCACCGGUUAGAACAAGGUGUUGACAGCCAUGAGACCAGACGAGGAGCUGCCUGGGGAGGAUGGUGGCGACGUCCCAGAGUUAGAGCUGUUGAAGCGCCGCGCUGCCGAAUGCAUAGACGAGGCCGCCGAGCGUCUGGGGGCCCUGAGCCGGGACAUCUGGAGCGAACCCGAGCUCGCCUACCAGGAAUACCGGGCGCACAGCGCUCUGACCCACUUCUUUGAGCAGGAGCCACCGACCUCCUCGUGGACCGUGCAGCCUCACUACAAGCUCGAUACGGCCUUCAGGGCGGAGUGGGAGUCUCUAGCCGGGUGCCCCGAGCCUCUGCAGCUGGGCUUCCUUUGCGAGUACGAUGCGCUGCCCGGCAUCGGGCAUGCCUGUGGCCACAACCUGAUCGCCGAGGUGGGCGCAGCUGCCGCCCUAGGCCUGAAGGGGGCGCUCGAGAACCACUCGGGCGGUCCGCCAGUGAAGAUUACUGUCCUGGGAACUCCUGCAGAAGAAGAAGGAGGUGGCAAGAUUGACUUAAUUGAAGCAGGAGCUUUUAAAAAUCUUGAUGUUGUUUUUAUGGCUCAUCCAUCACAAGAAAAUGCUGCUUACCUACCUGAUGUGGCUGAGCAUGAUGUGACUGUGAAAUACUAUGGAAAAGCUUCUCAUGCUGCUGCUUAUCCUUGGGAAGGUCUGAAUGCAUUAGAUGCUGCUGUUCUUGCCUAUAACAAUCUGUCCGUUUUAAGACAGCAAAUGAAACCCUCCUGGAGAGUUCAUGGUAUAAUUAAAAAUGGUGGUGUGAAACCUAAUAUCAUUCCCUCAUACUCUGAAUUAAUCUAUUACUUGCGCACACCCUCAAUGAAAGAACUUCCAGCUUUGAUAAAAAAAGCAGAAGAUUGUUUUAGAGCUGCUGCUUUGGCUACCGGAUGCACAGUGGAAUUAAAAGGCGGAGUACAUGACUACUACAAUGUUCUUCCUAAUAAGAGCCUGUGGAAAGUUUACAUGGAAAAUGGAAAGAAGCUUGGAAUAGAAUUUGUUUCAUCAGAUUCCAUGUCAAAUGUUCCAGCAGGUUCCACUGACUUUGGAAAUGUUACUUUUAUCGUUCCUGGAAUUCACCCCUAUUUUUAUAUUGGUUCUGAUGCACUGAAUCAUACUGAGCAAUAUACUGCAGCAGCAGGAUCCCAAGAAGCACAGUUCCACACUCUGCGUACUGCUAAAGCUCUGGCAAUGACAGCUCUAGAUGUGAUUUUCAAGCCAGGUUUGCUGGAAAGAAUCAGAAAGGACUUUAGACUCAGUCUUCAAGAAGAGGAAUUUUUUAAUACUACAGAGCAAAACCAAGACCAAAGCACAACUUGUACUAAUGAUAUUCUAGAACAUGUCAUUCCUUUCUGACUUUGUUCCUACCACCUUCCUUGCCAAGAAAGCUUCUCCUACAACAAAUGAAUUACUUGAGCCAAACCUCAUGGGAAACUGAAAUAUUAUCUGUCCACAUGGAAAGAAAUACUGCCAAGAACUUCAUGUUCUUGUUUAUAGGCAUAACUGUAGCUCAUCUCUGACACCUAAUUUGAAAUUAGCAGGCAGGAUUCCCCUGUGCUGAAAGUUUCUCUCUUUGGAAUUUGAUUUUUGGGCAACGGUACCUUAAGGAGCUUCAUCCUAGGGGACCAAGGCCAGAAUAUUUGAAAUUUUCAUGCCAGUCUUCAACCUUAUUCUUGCUGGUUAGUAGAUAGCCUCUAUAUGAUUUGCCAUUUUAGAAGACACAGGAAAGUAAAAGUUAAAUGAUGAGUAAAUAUUAUUUUUAGGCAAGAGCAAGUAGGGGGUAUGGGGAGCCUAUUUAUUUUUGGUGCACGUAUAAUUUUUUUCCUUCUGCUUUUUGGGUAAAUUGUGUAUAUAUAUAUAUUUUUAAAUACCUUCUGUCAGAGUAUUGACUAAGACAGAAGUGCAUCAAGGGCUUGACAAAUAAAGUUAAUAGCUUGCCUAGGGAUACAUAUUUAGAAAGUGUCUGAGACCAGAUUCGAAACCAGAUCCUCCCUACUUCAAGCCUAGCACUCUAUCCACCUACUUGCUCAUUAUUUUUUUUUUAAUGAAGGAGAAAAUUAAGUGCUUUUUCUAAAUUAGUUUGAACAGCUACAUGACUUGAAAAAGACUUGGAAAAAGUCAGGAGAAUCCUGCCUUCACGUCUUCCCUGUAACGACAGCUUUGUCACCAUAGACAAGUCACUUAGCUUCUUCAUUUGUAAAGUGAUAGAUAAGAAUCCCUGUGGUGUCAGAGAAUUGAAAAAUAAUGUACAUAAGAGAGUUUUGCAAAUAAGUCAAGACUGUGACUUUCUCAUUUUUGUUUCUACAUCACAGGGCCUUGUGCAUAGGUUUUUGAGAAAUACUUGCUGAAAGAAUAUUAUGGAAUCUCAGAAUUUUGUUUUAAAAGGACCCCAGCAGUCAUCUGGUCCAACUCAAACAUGAUAGGGAUCUCCACUCUGACCUUCCCAAGAUGUGGUUUUUUAGUCUUUUCUUAAAGAUUUCCAAGGGGAGGUGCCCCAUUCCACUUUCGGAGAACUCUAAUUUUUAGGAAGUUUUUCUUAACACCAAGCUGACACUGGCUCUUUUGCAAUUCCAUCUUUAGAAAUUGCCUUAUUUUUAAAUCAAAGGGAAAAUAUAUUAGUCUCUGAUGACAAGUUUUGUGACUUUAGCAAUAUAUGCUUCUUGGAAAAGACAAAUAGUAAAUUAUUUAUGGGACAUUAUCUCUAAAGUGAAUGGGUGAAGAAAGAUUCUUAAUAAUUACUUUUCAUCCUGGGUGAGUAAUCGGGGGAACAGUUAGAUGGAUUAGUGAUAAAUUUUGAAUUACCUAAUUUAAAAAGAAAUUCAGUUUUAUUAACUUUCUCCCCCAGUUUUAGACACUGGGUAAUUUCAUUUCAGUGAGUAGAAUUACUUUUAUUAGCUACACCUAAGUCAAUUCAAUAAACAUUUAUGACAAGUUUAUGUUUAAGACAUACUUAUUUAUAUAUUGUAUGGCAGGCUGAAAAUUUCCACAAUAAUUUAAGUUAAUUAAACAUGAUUUUUUACAAUUCUUUGUUUGUCAUUUGUUUAAAAAUUUUUUCAGAAACUACAAAUACUCACAAUUUUGGGGUUAACUUGAAUUUAUUAGAUCUGAUGUAAUUACAGACUCAAGUUCGUUUUGGAAAAGAAAAGAAAACAAAGUAAGUUAUAUGAUGGGAAUAUUGAUUUGAAAAUACAUCCUUUGCCUCUCUAUAUGGAACCUGUAAUGACAUAGUGUGUUUGUGUUGCUUCAAUACCUUGAAUUUAUUUUUUCUUUCCUGCUUCCUCAUUUUUGUAGGAUUUAUUUGUAAAAACAAGAUGGAUACGAAUCAUUAAUCAUUAUGGUAUUUCUCUGUUCCUCUAAAUAUAUAAGUGAAUUCAAGCCAUGGUAUUUAUUUACAGUCAACAAAAGAGGGUUCCUUAUUGACAGUCUUUUCUUGUAUUUUAACAAUGGCCAAUUCUUAUUGCAUAUUUCCACUAAUCAGUCUGUAUUCUGUUUUUUAGAGAUCACGGAUUUAGAAAUGUCAAAUAAAAUACUAAUGAAACAAAAA